AUGGAUCGCGAGGCAUUCAUUCAUUUCAUUGGAGGCGCCGUGGGAGGGACAGCCGGAACUGCAUUCACAUGUCCGCUUGAGGUGAUCAAGACGAGAUUACAAAGCAGCAAAGCGUUGGCCGAAUUCUCGGGCGGUGGACCUUCUACUUCAGGCGGUACCUCAACAUCGAAUGGUUCUCAGCCAGUGGCGCCUGGAAAACAAGGAUCACCGGGUAGUGGAAGCGCCUAUAAACACAUCAUCGGACAAAUGCUUCGUCGACCAAUCAGCUUGGCACCUCUUCACAAUUUGCAUCUAUCAAGAGUAAGCUGCUUAUCGGACUUGUUGCUUGCACGACAAUUACACACGCAAAUGGCAGGGAAGACCAGAGAAGUGGCAAUCUUCAAAUACAUAAAGCACAUCAUAAAAACCGAGGGAUUUGGCGCACUUUACAAAGGAUUGGUACCAAACUUGAUCGGAGUUGCGCCAUCAAAGGCUGUUUACUUUUACACGUAUUCGACGUCGAAAAGAUUCUGGAACGAUACGGACAUUUUUCUACCAAAUUCGGCAAUUGUGCACAUGCUAUCAGCCGGAACGGGAGGUAUGGUUGCUGCGACGGUUGUGAAUCCGAUUUGGUUGGUGAAGACGAGACUACAAUUGCAUCAUGGAAAGAUGGGCAUUUGGGCAAUGGUUAAAAGAGUGCAUCAACGAGAGGGAUUCCGAGGAUUUUAUCGGGGUGUAACUGCCUCGUAUGCUGGCGUGUCUGAAACAAUGAUUCAAUUCGUACUCUACGAGUAUUUCCGUCAAGUUCUUCUUGAAUGGCAUGGUACAGCAGAGGAAACAGAUCGUCGCAAACUUGACUUCCUCAAGUUCGUAUUUGCUGGCGGCGGUGCUAAAUUUAUCGCUUGUGUCAUCGCUUAUCCACAUGAAGUUGUACGCACACGCUUACGAGAAGAAGGAUCGAGUCGAAAAGGAUUCUUCGGAACACUCUAUCAACUCUACAGAGAAGGAUGGAAAACGAUGUAUCGUGGACUCAGUGUACAAUUGAUGCGUACUGUGCCCUCAACGGCGAUAACGAUGACCACUUACGAAACUUUCAUUUAUUUGCUUCAUCAGCUUUGGAAAGAUGAGCAACCAACU